GAAAUGAUGUCUUCCAAGCGACCAGCCUCUCCGUAUGGGGAAGCAGAUGGAGAGGUAGCCAUGGUGACAAGCAGACAGAAAGUGGGAGAAGAGGAGAGUGACGGGCUCCCAGCCUUUCACCUUCCCUUGCAUGUGAGUUUUCCCAACAAGCCUCACUCUGAGGAAUUUCAGCCAGUUUCUCUGCUGACGCAAGAGAACUGUGGCCAUAGGACUCCCACUUCUCAGCACAACACAAUGGAAGUUGAUGGCAAUAAAGUCAUGUCUUCAUUUGCCCCGCACAACUCAUCUACCUCACCCUUGAAGGCAGAAGAAGGUGGGCGUCAGAGCGGAGAAUCAUUGUCCAGUGCAGCCCUGGGAACCCCUGAAAGGCGCAAAGGGAGCCUAGCAGAUGUGGUAGACACCCUUAAGCAAAGAAAAAUGGAAGAGCUCAUCAAAAAUGAGCCAGAAGAAACUCCCAGUAUUGAAAAGCUACUAUCAAAGGACUGGAAAGACAAGCUUCUUGCCAUGGGAUCAGGGAACUUUGGAGAAAUAAAAGGUAAUGCUACUCCAGAGAGCAGUGCUGGCCGCCCAGGUGCAUUGUUAGGUAUGAUAAAACAGCUGACCAGUUUGCGAGAACAGCUGCUAGCAGCUCAUGAUGAGCAGAAGAAACUGGCUGCAUCACAGAUCGAGAAACAACGCCAACAAAUGGAGCUGGCUAAGCAGCAACAAGAACAGAUUGCAAGACAACAGCAGCAGCUCCUGCAGCAGCAGCACAAAAUUAACCUUCUUCAGCAACAGAUCCAGGUCCAGGGUCAGCUGCCUCCAUUAAUGAUUCCCGUAUUCCCUCCAGACCAACGAACCCUAGCAGCAGCCGCACAGCAAGGAUUCCUUCUUCCUCCUGGUUUCAGCUACAAAGCGGGAUGCAGUGACCCUUACCCCGUUCAGCUGAUCCCAACUACCAUGGCAGCUGCUGCCGCAGCAACACCAGGCUUAGGCCCACUCCAACUGCAGCAGUUGUAUGCUGCCCAGCUUGCUGCAAUGCAAGUGUCACCAGGAGGCAAGAUACCUGGCAUACCCCAGGGUAACCUUGGUGCUGCUGUAUCCCCUACCAGCAUCCACACAGACAAGAGCACAAACAGCCCUCCACCCAAAAGCAAGGAUGAAGUGGCCCAGCCUCUGAACCUUUCAGCCAAACCCAAGACAUCUGAUGGCAAGUCUCCCACAUCACCCACCUCUCCUCAUAUUCCAACUCUGAGAAUAAACAGUGGGGCCAGUUCACUAAAGUCCUCAGUGCCAGCAACAUUAGCUAGUCCUUCGUCCAGAGCUAACACAAUAGAUAUCCUUUCUUCUAUCACGUCGUCAGGUUAUUUAAAUGACCACGAUGCUGUUACCAAGGCAAUCCAGGAGGCCCGACAGAUGAAGGAGCAACUGCGGAGGGAACAACAGGUGCUGGAUGGGAAGGUGGCCGUUGUGAAUAGCCUGGGUCUCAAUAACUGCAGGACAGAGAAGGACAAAACAACACUGGAGACCCUGACUCAGCAACUGGCAGUAAAACAGAGUGAAGAUGGGAAGUUUAGCCACACAAUGAUGGAUUUCAACAUGAGUGGGGAUUCUGAUGGAAGUGCAGGAGUUUCAGAGUCUAGAAUUUAUCGGGAAUCCAGAGGGCGUGGUAGCAAUGAGCCCCAUAUCAAGCGCCCAAUGAAUGCAUUCAUGGUGUGGGCUAAAGAUGAACGGAGGAAGAUCCUUCAAGCCUUCCCUGACAUGCACAACUCCAAUAUCAGCAAGAUACUAGGAUCUCGCUGGAAAGCUAUGACAAACCUGGAGAAGCAGCCAUACUAUGAGGAGCAGGCCCGACUCAGCAAACAGCACCUGGAGAAAUACCCAGACUACAAAUACAAGCCAAGGCCGAAGCGUACCUGCCUUGUAGAUGGCAAAAAAUUACGCAUUGGCGAAUACAAGGCUAUCAUGCGCAAUAGACGCCAGGAGAUGAGGCAGUAUUUUAAUGUUGGGCAACAAGCACAGAUUCCCAUUGCCACCGCAGGUGUAGUUUACCCAGGAGCCAUUGCCAUGGCAGGAAUGCCUUCCCCACAUCUGCCCUCUGAGCACUCAAGCGUGUCCAGCAGCCCGGAGCCCGGGAUGCCUGUCAUCCAGAGCACUUAUGGCAUCAAAGGCGAGGAGCCUCAUAUCAAGGAAGAGAUGCAGACCGAUGACGUCAAUGGAGAAAUCUAUGAUGAAUAUGAUGAGGAAGAGGAUGACCCCGAUGCAGACUAUGGGAGUGACAGUGAAAAUCACAUUGCGGGGCAAGCCAACUGAUCAGGGUCCGAAUAUCUUGUGACCUCAAGGACUUCAAGGAGAAAAGAAAAAAUAAAUAAAGCCCCAUCUGGUUUAUCCUUGCCAGUGGCCAAGCACAUUAACUUUCUCAUACACUGACUGUUACUUUAACUGUUAGUCUUAACUAGUUGGGACAUCAGCUGACUAAUAGACAUCAGCCUGCAUCAGAAGAAAAAAGGCUCAGAAGAAAGGAAACAAAGACAACGACGACAACAACAGAAUGAUAUAAGCUAUGGGUAAAAUAAUGCCAGUAAUUCAGCUGCUAUACCCAAGCACUGAAGUCUUACCCGUCGACCUUUUAUUAUUAUUAUUUUUUUUUCAAAUAAACUUUAUGGCUGUUUGUUCUACAAUGUUCUAGAAAUUCUCACUCAGGUACACAGUGCCAACAAGUGGCUUGUGAAUGUGUUUUGUUGUUUUGUGCUACAGUUUAAAGAGAAAUAAUUUUUUUUUUGUUUUUGGUAAUGCACCUGACAGGAAAGAAAAAAGAUAAAAUUCCUUUUACCCUUUCUGUCUCCUCCUCCUCCUCCUCCUCCUCCCUGGCAAAUCUGGGUCAGAAGUGUGUGUGUGUGUGUGUGUGUGUGCGUGCCUGUGCGCGUGGCUGGCAAGGAAGGAAGUGGGGAGUCUGUUUCUGUUAACCCCAACAAGCAAUUAUUUCUUUUCAAGAGAGGACUUCUCUUCAUCAGUUGCACACCAUACUGAGUCUUUGAGCAAGUGCCAAAUUUGUACUAAAGCGCUGAACUAGUCCAAUUUGCUUUUUUUUUGGUUGAUCUCUUCUUGUUUUGUUUUUCUUUUGCAUUUCUUUUGCUUCCUGCUCUGUCUUAAGUUAGGACAGUGUUGUAUCUUAGACAAUCCCUUGAAGAACCUGAUAUACCAGCAGCUGGUGAGAUUAGACAUAUAUUUUUGGGUUUGGUUUUGCUUUUUAAAGGAAACUGUAGGUGCCAUUCUCAGGUGAAAAGAGAGAGAGAGAGAAACAUAAGAAAUUUAGAGAAAAAGUAUUUUAUGGUCUUGGAUUUUCAUGUGUGCGUGUUUAUGGUACUAAUAAGAAUAAUAUUGGACUAUUGUGAGCAAAAAAGCAUGUUCCAGAAUGAAGUCCUGCACCCUCCAAAUGACUUGGUCUGUAAGGAACCUUUGCUCUUCAUUUACACUUCAAGUGGCAGCAUAUACAACAUAAAAAAGGCUUGUCCAAAAUGCAGUUUGUUCUGCACAGGACAGGACAACACCUCGCUGAGUGUAAUUAGGUUACCAUGAUGUCCAGUUUUAAUUAACUCAUACCUUCAGGGUGGUUGAGUACUGAUCUCUGAUUCCACAGGAAAUUUUUUUUCAACUGACAUUUUUUUCUACUUUGUGCUUGCAGAAAUCCAUUUUUUAUCAGUGGGAUGUUUAUGUAGGAAGGAAGACUCAUAGCUAUGAAGAGAUUUCCAUAUUCAGAGUGGUAAUGUAAGACCCUGAACCUUUGUGGUGCUGAGUUUCCCUAGCUGCUGCAUUUCACAAGUGAAAAAUUGUUCUCCUGGGCUAAAAUAUUUUCAGCAUUGUUCUAGAGCCCUUAGAUGUGUCACUUGGGCAGUUUUGCCUUCAUUGGGCAACAGCAAGUAGGUGAGGAAGGUAUAUUUACACAUCCUUGUAAUCCCAAGCAGGAGUUAGCCUUUUGUAUUUCCAAUAAUGUAACUGAAUGUUACUCUUUUAUUUCAGAAAAAAAGAAUGUAAAUACAAGUGAAUCAAAGAGUCUCAUUUCAUCUCCUCACUCUGUAGGAGAGGACCCAGGUUCAUGUAGCAAGACAGAAGCAUUUAGAUCUAUACCAACCAACCAAGUUUACCCUAAUGAGGCAAAUUUAGCCCUUAGUACAAUCAGCCAUUUAAGUCCAGGUGCAGAAUGAAAAGGGGCAGGUAGGAGGAGAGAUUGAGAAGGAGGGUCUUUCUUUGCCUCUUGCAAUUCCACUUGAAGUGUAACUUGACGUCUGCAGACCUUAUGCAAAGCAAACAAUCAAAUGCCAUUGAAGACUUAGGACGAUACUCCGACGAGCAGUUUGGACAUGUGAUAGUUUUACCCUGCAACAUCUGUUUUAUUUUUCUCCCAUUUUCCCUUUUUAAAUUUCCACCUCUGCCUCGAAAAAUUCUUUUCUAUUUUCUCUCUCUCAGAAGAUUUGCUCUGAAGUUAUGCUUGGAGUAGCUGAUCAUAUCCUCCAUGUCAGAGAGGGUUCUUUUUGUUUGUGUUUUAUGACUGUGUUGGGUUUUUUUCAGUUGAACUGCCUCUUCUUGCUAGUGUUGUAAUGGUAAUUCUAAUUCUAAUAAUAAUAAUAAUAAUAAUAAUAAUAAUAAUGGUCAGCUGUUCCCAGAUUAGUAAAUUAUAUAUAAUUUAUUUUAUCCCCCCCUCCCCCCAUUUUAACUUUAUUUUAUUCUGUUCUAAUUUGGCAGUGCAGCAAAUGAAGCUGUUAGGCUGUUAGGAUACCCCUCCCCACCUUGCCUUUUUAUAUAUAUAUAAAUAUAUAUAUAUACAUAUGAAAACAAAUCGCUUCUUCUUCUGCUCACACCAUUCCUCUUUCUUUUAUUUUAAUUUUGGCCCCAGCCAUGUCAACUUCUGAUGUUUAUUAUGAUGGAGUGAAUUAAUGGGAGUGUUGUUUUCAAUCUUAAUUAACUUCUGCUCUCUCAUCACUCAUUUUAGUUAUUUAAUUACACCAGUCAUCUAGAGCCAAUUUUUUUUGAAGCACUCUGUUUGGAUAAGAAGGAAAAAAAAAUAGACAAUUGUUUUUAUAUCAUUAUGUACAAUGUGAAAAUGAAUAUUUGCUCCUUCUUUUUUUAAACUUUUAAAUUUGUUCCCUGUCUUUGUGAACAAAUUACUUCUGACUCUUGUGGGUUCACCUCACAUUUGCUGGAUGGUUGAUUUCCACCACGUUAUAGAGACUCUCUGGUUGAAUUGUGUCGCUUUGGGCUACCAGAAUACUUUGUUUUAGCUCCAGGUAGGUGCCGCUGCGGCAGGCAUGAUUGGAGCAAGUCUUAGACACGUGGGCUGGAAAGCUGGUCUUGGGGAUGUCAAUGGAAAAAAGGCCCUUUGACUUCAGCGGGACUGAAUUUCAGCCCCGUCUCCAUGGGCAGGAUUUUUCCUGCACUGGAGGUGUGCCGGGGCUGCAGAAUUAGCUCUGCUCUUGGCAGUGGAUGGCACAACAGAGCCCUUCUGUGGCCGAGCUCUGCUUUGCUCACUGCCUUGGCCUGGACUAGGGCUCAGAUGAACACUAAUUUUGUUAGUGUACACAUUUCCAUCUGAGAGACUACACAAGAGCCUGUGGUUUGGUCAGGCUUUUUGAAUGGGUAGCUUUAGCAAACUAUCCAUGUCCUGCAUUUGGAUGUUGAAACCAAUGCAGCAAUGUUAAAAAUAAAAAAGGCCCCCCCCCAAAAAAAGUCUCUGGGGUCCCAAGCCAGCAAAAUACUUAACACCUGUGCUAAUGUUUUGUUGGGUCCAAGGAUGAGCACCCAUAUGCCCUUCAGCAGUAGGAGACCAGAUUUGAAAAUGUGGCCCUGUUUAUCCUGCUUUAAUUUCUUAGAAAAUACAAAACAAAGCAAAACAUACAUUUAUAAAAAGAUAUUCUUGUCUUGUUUCAUUUUUUUCCUGUGUUCUGUGCCCUGGAGCAUGUAGAAAAACCAGGUUAGAAGAGAUUAGGAUCGUAUUAACCUAAAAGCGCAAUGAGGCCCUAAUGCUGAGGCGGACUUCCUUCCCCUCUUUCCUGGGAACCUGAUGAGUGAGGAUGGUCUUGCAGUGCUGCUGGGGGAGCAUACAGUCUAACUCCUUCUAAAUUGGGGUAUCUGCUUAUGCCGUGCGUCUGGCGAGCUUACAAAAGAACAAUACCAGCAGUGGGAAAAAUGGGAAAAGAAGAAAAAAAA